GAUUUUAAACUGGCAAUACAAACUGAGCAUUAGUAUGAGCAAAGCAUGCCAAAUAUUUCUUGAUUUGCGUCUAAAUUUAAUAAACAUUAGGAAUGCAUAACCUCAAAUUUCAAGUAUUGACAAAAUUCCAGGCUAGGAUAUUUAAUAUUCCACCAAAAUGCCGUUCCAUUUGCUUAAAUCGUUACCUGCACAAAGAUUAUAAAUACGUUGCAGGCGAUGCGGACUCUUGUGUCGAUCUUCAGAGAAAGGAUGUCAAUAGACAAACGGGUCGCUCUCGGGUCCUAUUCGGCUCUCGUAGCAUGGCGGCAUUUAAGAACCGAAUGUCUAGCUGUACCGAUCCAGUUAAGAAAUAUGAAUACUUAGCGGAAUUGCGCGAUUCGAAUCUCGAUUUGUAUUACCGCUAUAUGUGCGAUAAUACCACCGAGGUUUUGUCCAUUAUCAGUUCGGUUGACGGCAUCGUCGAUGACUUCUGUCGCAUGGCCACAAUGAUUUUAAACAAUGUUAAGACACAGCGCGAUGAUCUGACCCCCAAACAACUGGAUGUCCUCAAUACUAUGCAUUAUCUGCGCAAACACUUGAAUUAUCAAAAGAAAGACACGCUUCCAAAACCAGUUGAAUCUACCUGCAAGCCGGCAAAUGUGUAUGCCAGCCCGGCUUUUCGAGGACAGAGUGUGAAAAGAAAGCCGAUUCAAAAUUUUAACAAAGCUUUAAUGCUAACGCCAGAUCACUUUUAUGUCCUGUAUAUGAACUUCGGAAGGCGAACUAAAAAGGUCUAAUCAUAUGAGAGUCCACGAACAACUACUCAAUAUAUUUAAAGACUAAAUGCGCCUUUCUAUGCGAAUUUCAUGGCCUCAUUUAGGGCCUACAAGAUUUUGAUGCGGUGUUUUCCUAAGUAUUGAUUUACUGAUAUACUGACGCACAUUUUCAUAAUUUUCCAUUUAUGGCAAAUAAUGUCGUUCGAUAAUGUGAUAGCUGCAAAUACGCUAAGGACACAUUUAAUUCCUGAAUGUUCGUCAUGCAAGUUUUGGGGGGAGAGCGAGGAGGAAGAGCUGACUUAUCAACAAGAAUCCUUUAAUAUGUAUCAUACUUUUAUAUAAUCAAAGUGGAACAACGUUUUGAUGAAAUAAAAAAGAACCUAAUAUGCCUAA